AUGGAUGAAAAAACGUUGUUGAGGAAGAGGCCUUCCGAGGUCUCCAUCGAAGUCCUUGAUCCUGAACACUACCACGCACUCGUCAAAGCGAUUCGAAACAUCCUUUCAACAGAGCUGGCAGAGCUGAGCAUAGCACAGCUUAUUGAUGGCCUUCCAUUGAUGAUCUCGGUUUUCGAGAGCCGCGGGUGUCUUGUCGGGAAAGGCCAUCCAUUACUGGAGCACGAGACCCUUUGCGAUGGCGCUCUGCAGCAGGCAAAGCAAUUGCGCGACGGAUUCGACCCGGCUGUUCUUUCCUUUUCUUCCAAGGUAUGUACUUUGUCACGAUUGAGAUUUGAGACUUCGGUGGCUCUAUUUACACAUCAUCCCAAGCUGCACAGUCAGGAGGACAUCGACGCCACUGUGUCCUGGGUCCUUCCGCCUCGGUGGAUAGAGCACGAUGGCCUCAAACCGCGCUGGGAAAAAGACAUUGAACCCCACCCGACGCUCUUUUACCAUGUAAAUUAUCUUGAUUACGACCGAUACACCCACGGCCUUGCCGAUGUAGCUGGAUACUGGGCAGAGGAUCGCAUAUUUGGUGGUGUCGUUCUGUUUGACAGAGGCGAAUCCGCAUACGAGUGCAACGAUAUCUACCUUCAUUCCGGAAGAGUCAAAGCACCUUCUCGUAUUUGGAAGCUCCUUGACUCUCAGUUCGAGGGCUUAGUUGACUUCCUCAUGUCCGCUGAUAUUAGCACACAAGAACCACCCAAAUCUUUUCCCAUUCUCGCCACCAGAGAGAAUCUCCAUCGCCACGACGUCUGGGAUGCGAUUGCUCUGCACAACAUUUACAGAGACCCCUGGGAACGCAAGUUCCCUCAAACAAAACCCGAAGAGUGGAGGGACGUACGGUCAAUAGGAGAUCACCCAGAGCUGCAGGACGCUUUCGAUGCAAUCACCAGUUACAAGCCGGAGAAACCGGUGAAAGUCAAACUGACAUAUGACGAGAGGGGAUUGCCGGUUGUAACGAAGCGUUCUAGGGACUCGGAGGCCUCAGAAGACGAGCUGUCGCAGGCAUCAUCCAGCGGCAAGCGCAGGAGGAUUGGAGCGGACAACUCGGGAGAAACACCACCGCAGCAGCUCUCCCCCCCACGCCUGGGCUCUCCACCUCCGUUGGACUCCCCGCCACCUCUCAGUUCGCCUCCUCGACUCGAUUCACCAGAGGCCGUAGAGUUGCCGUCUUCGCCUGGUCGGAGUGGUGCAAGCAAACCGGAGCAGUAG